AUGUCACUAUUUAAUCUGUCAUCAAUACUGUCAUUUAUAUCAUUGCCAUCCCUACGAAGUGAUACAUCUUCAUUAUCACGUAGUAAAUCAUCACCUGUACUUUGUUCAUCGUCCCCAGCACUGUUAUCACCAUCAUCGGUAGCACUAGCACCAGCAACAGUAUCCAAAUCUCCAUCACCUUCAUCCUCAGCAUCAUCGCUAUCAUCAUUAUCAUCACCUGAUUCAUCAGUAUCCCCAUCGCGCUAUUAUUCAUUCUCGUCUUUGUCAUCAUCAUCAUCAUCGUCUUCUUUUCGUCUUCUUCCUCGUCAUCAUCUUCGUCCUCAUCAACAUCAUCAUCGUCUUCGUCUUCCUCAUCCUCCACCACGUCUUCCUCAUCAUCGUCGACAUCAUCUUCAUCCUCCUCAUCAUCAACAACAUCGUCGACAUCAUCUUCGUCUUCCUCGUCUUCAUCGUCCAUCAUCAUUACCAUUAUUAUCAUCAUCAUCAUCAUUAUUACUGGCUGAUUUAUCGACAUCAUCGUACGAUUCACUUACUGCGGUUUCAUCCACAUCCACAUCCCCGUCCCCAUCCCCAUCAUCACCAUCAUCAUCAUCAUCGAUUCAGUCGUUACUCAAUACACCGAUAUCAUUAGCCAACACUUAUCAAUGUCGUUAA